UCCCUCAGGAAGGCACGCACGAUUGUCUUUUAGACAUUGAUUUUGAUGUUAAUUGAACAGUCCGAACUAUUUACUGUCUUUAUCUUCUUUACUGUCGUAAUAUGCAACAGAGUUUUAUUGUGCUGGGUUCUGAGGGGAGUGGAUGUGCAAUUCGCUAUCAAUAAAACAAAGUUGUGCGAAAGUUAUUGCCGAUACGCACGCACAAAUCACCCACACGAUUGGCUUGUUUAUAUGGAACCCAAAGUGUACCUGUAAAAGACAAAGAUAACAUCACUUAUUCUCCGAGCUAACCAGGGGAAAGCGUAUUAUGCAUGUCUGACAGAUCAUCGGAUACCACGCAUCGCGCACCAUUAUCAUCAAUAUUAGCAAACCGAAGACGGACAACCUUAUAUCGGCGUGACCUCUUGAGAAAACCAUGCCGAAGCCAAUCGCCUCGCAGGGGGGAUCGGAAGCGGAGAAGAGGCGCUUCAUCAGCGGGGUGGUGGAGGGGUUUUACGGGCGCCCGUGGACUAUGGAACAGAGGACUGAUCUAUUCAGAAGGGAGCAGAAGUGGGGGUUAAACACCUACCUCUAUGCCCCUAAAGAUGACUACAAACACAGGAUGUACUGGAGAGACCUGUACACCCCACAGGAAGCUGAGCAACUCAAAGCCCUGAUAUCUGCUGCAAAGCAGCACGAUGUGGAGUUCAUCUACGCCAUCUCCCCCGGUCUGGACAUCACCUUCUCCAGCUCCAGAGAGGUGGCCACCCUCAAGAGGAAACUGGACCAGGUGCUGGGUUUUGGCUGCAGCUCCUUCUCUCUGCUGUUUGACGACAUCGAGACGGAGAUGUGUCCUGCAGACAGGAAGACCUUCAGCUCCUUCGCUCACGCCCAGGUCUCCGUCACCAACGAGGUCUACCUGCAUCUGGGGGAACCGGACACCUUCCUGUUCUGUCCCACAGAUUACUGCGCUGCGUUCUGCACUCCUAACGUGUCCCAGUCCUCCUACCUCCAGACCGUGGGAGAGAAGCUGCUGCCAGGUGUGGACGUGCUCUGGACCGGACCCAAGGUGGUGUCCCACAUCAUCUCCGUGGCGUCCAUAGAGGAGGUGUCCUGGGUGCUGCGGAGACCACCGGUCAUCUGGGACAACAUCCACGCCAACGACUACGACCCCCAGAGACUCUUCCUGGGGCCGUACAAGGACCGGCCCGUGGAGCUGAUCCCCAAACUGAGGGGAGUUCUGACCAACCCCAACUGUGAAUUCUACCCCAACUUCGUAGCCGUCCACACCCUGGCCACCUGGUGCCGGUCCGGGGCGGGCGGGGCAGGAGGGGCGGGCGGAGCGAGGGAUGUGGACAUGAGUGAGGAGGGCCCAGGGCAGGAAUCCUCUUUCUGCCCCCAGAGAGCUCUAACUCUGGCCCUGACUGACUGGCUGCAGGAGUUCCUCACCAACGACCAGGCUGGAGGCCUCCGCCCUCCCUCCCGCACCCUGAAGAAGGACUCCUCCGACGAUGAGCCCAUGCAGACGGAGGCGGGAGACCCCGUGCAUGUGCCGGGCCCGGGGGAGAACCCGCUGUACACGGCAGAACCGCUCACCCUGGAGGACCUGGUUCUGCUGGCGGAACUGUUCUACCUGCCCUACGAGCACGGGCCGCGGGCCAGAACCAUGCUGGAGGAACUGGACUGGCUGAAGAACCACAGCCAGCCAGCAGGACUGGGGGAGGACAAGCAGACCGCAGAGUGGAACUCGAGGGCCGAUCGUUUCGACAACAUGUGCGGCGCCGUAGUCCAGAUGUUUAACCGCCUGUCCAACGCGCCCAACAGGAGCAUCCUGUACGACCUGUACAACUACAUCUGCGACAUCAAGAGCGGCGUGGGCCUGGCGCGCGCAUACGUCAAGACCCUGGGGGGGCGUGGUCGCCCCUCGGCCCAGCUGAUGAACAACGACCCAGAGCCCUGGGGGUUUAGAGGAGGGCUGUCUGGGGAGUUCCAGAGAAUGCUGCCCUGCCAUGGCAACAGGGACCUGUUCCGUCAACCGCCCAUGACAACGGUGUACUCCAUCCGCCCCUACUGCCCCCAGGACCAGGCGGAGGUGCAGAAGGUCUGCAGAGAGAUGCAGAGAGACGGAGAAGGCAAGAUCCCUCCAUCGGCACAGCCUGAGCUGCUCAGUGAUGGGUUGUCAGCGGGCCGGCUGCCCCCCUCCCCCCAGUGUGGGUACAUCCUGGAGGAUGAGGGGGGGGUGUGUGGCUAUGUCCUGGGCCUCACGGAUGCCAAGGCAGCUGGCACACAGAGGGCGCUGUCUGAGUCUGUGCAGGGAGACUUCCCCUCUCUGGUGACCAUGCAGCUCCGCCCCCGCGUGUCUGACCCCGCUCCCGCGCACCGCAUGAUCAGCAGCCUGCUGGCGUCCCUGAAGACCAGCGGGUCCAGAGGGGUGUUCUGUGAGGUUCGCCACGACGACCGAAGGAUGCUGGACUUCUUCGCCAAGACCGGCUCCUUCGCACCUCUCAAAACGGCCGCCCUGCCUCCGGGCGUCGUUGCCAUGGGAACGAAACUGUGAUUGGACUCGGCCGGCGUGCGAGGUCGAGGAGGAACGCUACAGCCCGAUGUUGUUGUUGUUGUUUAUCUCAUGGGUGUCUUCAGUCCGUAACCACGGUUGCAGUCGGUGUCUGUGGAGCGCUGCUGAGGUUUGUGCUGAUGACGUCAGUGUCAAUAAAGUUUUUCUAAAUGCC